AUGGUGAAGAUGUUAGCCACUAUUGAGGCCUCAACCGUCUGUUACAAUUCGUCAAUUCAGCUAUUGACCUUUUAUAUCACCACUGUCGCACCAAAGCUAACGUAUGAGAUUCACACCGGGGUCAAGGAAUUUGUUAAAGGUGGCGAUGUGUUUUACAUGCCGAAUAAGCCUAAAAUGGAGCCUACGCGCAUUUUAAUUGAAGGCUCGCAGGAAAAUCGUAAGAUUGCCGUUAAACUAGAUAUCAGUAAGCUAGAAGAAAAGGAAAAGGUCUUUAACAAGCAUUAUCCGAAGCAAAUGCCCUGUGUGAUAGUACUACGUUAUCGAACGACCGAGCUUCGUAAAAAGGAGCGAGCUGAUAACAAUACUGAGAUCGACGGGGAUAAUAAUAACGAUAAGAGCGAUACAGUAGACGUUGGGGAGGUUGUUGUCGAGUAUACUGAGCACACUGCAGUAGAUUUGGCUGAGCGACCCAAGCGACGUGUGAUUAGUCAAAUAGUUACGACUGGUGGUAGUGCAUAUGUCGUGGAGAACCUUUACGGGGCGGGUCAUGAGAAUACAACAGGUGAGGGUACAGAGCUGAUGGUGGGCUCAACCAUCGUCCCGCACGAGGGAGAGGAGGAAGAAGAAGGUCUUUGUGUGAUUUGCUUAAUGAACCCCAAGGACACCGCGGUGAUGCCUUGUCGACAUAUGUGCAUGUGUAAAGACUGCGGGGAGCAACUCCUCAAGCAUAAGCCAGUCUGUCCAGUGUGCCGUGCCCCUAUUUCGACUUUGCUGCAUAUGCCUUCCUUCACAAAUGGGAACUCUAAAUAG